UGAUAUAGACUUUGUUAAUAUUCAGUAUUUGUGCGUUGUUUUUAAAACAUCUUUACAAAUCAGAAUGAAAUAUUUGAUGGCCGCAUCUUUAUGUGUUUUCUUUAUGAUUAUAGGGAUAAGGCCCUCAUAUUUAAUGACAUUUGGGACCCUAAAGUUCGAACCAGAAACGGUAAUGGAAUGCCAGACAGCACGUCUAAUUUACACACCAAACCAGGAUAGCAAAGAACGCAAUUGGGUCAGAGAAAAUUUGGAUACAGCAAGAGCAGAAUUAAUCUAUGAUCACAAGGAAAUACAAUACAAUGAUGCAGCCAAAUACUUUGAAUCAAAACAGGGUGACAAUUUCAUCUUAUUUAUAUCAGAGAUUAAUUCAACAGAUAGUGGGGGAUAUUUUGUAUAUAAUGGUUCAAGUUACACCGAUCGUUCACGUCUAACCGUAAUUGGAAACUCUUCAGAAGGAGGUUGCAUUGAAAAAUGUGGCGACCUUUGGGUCACAAAAUCGAACAUCACAGACGGAGACCCAGUUGCAUUUCAAUUCUUUGUUGCCUCCGGCAAAAACGUAACAUGGGAAAAGAAAUUAGUUUCAUCCUUUAAUCAACUGGUAGAUAGGAAGUAUGAGAUAGCAGAGACUGAAGAAGAACGGAUUUAUACCCUCGAUAUUUCAAAGACCGAAUUAAGCGAUAGAGGCGAAUACAGAGUAAAUUGCGGUAACACAGUGUCGAAUUCAGUAUAUUUGAAUAUUGUUCUACCAGAACCAGUAUUUUCCAAUGUUGAAAGCAAAUUUUAUUGCAAACCUGAAGGAUGUAUAUUGGCCUCUCUAAAUGAAUCAGUAAUGGUAGAAUGUUCCGUUAAAGGUGCUCGAAAACCAGUUGAAGUUAUCAUGUCGAAGAAUGACCUGAUGCUUACGAAUGCAAUACACACUCAUAAAGACCAAUUUAAUAUGACCUAUACCUAUGUAAAUUACAGUUUUGUGCCUACUAGAUCAGAUAUUGACACCAUAUUUAAAUGUAUGGUGAAAAGUCAAGGUCUUUCAGAAUUUUCGUCGACAUCUGUAAUGGCGUAUGUUUCAGGUAUGUAA